AUGCAAAUCAAAGCGGACUGUGGACUUGUGCAACAAUGCCACCUAGCUGCAAUGAACUGGCCAACCACAUCCACUCCGGACAGGACUUGCGACCCUCUCUACGAGCACCUACCUUCAGAAACUUGCAAGAUGGUCUCAUGUGAUUUCAACCUUGAGGGCCUGGGGGCGUGGGUUGCUACAGGUGUCCCAAUCGAGACUAUCUGUAUGAACUUGCUCUCCGAGACAAUAUCAAAUCCCGCUUCCAUUGGAAUCUCCUACAUAACCACACGACCCAAGAUUCGCAAUGCAGAUUUUGCAGCUUUAGUAGGCCGGGGAGGCAAAAAGGUAAGGAUGAAUCGCAAUCCGCUCUUCACUUUGCGUCAAACAACAUUGCUCAUACAAAUCUCAUCCCCUUCUUCAGCGACCAACCUCAACGAAGGCAUCAUUACAGCACGAGGAUUAGUAGACGGGUACCAUGUCAACGCACUUCCCGAUACUGGCGCUGGCUGUAACUUGGUGUCUUCCUCGCUCGCCAAACGACUCGGUCUCGAAGCGCCGUGCGAUUUGCCAGAGAAAAAUACCGGCCUCUGCAUGGCCAACGGCAAGACCAUCAUGAGUGCGGGAGCUAUUAAUGCCUCGUGGGCAUUUGCGGAAGACCCAGAGCGUACCUGGCACCUCACAUUUCAGGUCAUCGAUGGUUUUGCUCUAGACCUCGUCCUAGGAAGCGAAUUCCUCAAAUCGUCAGGCACAAUGAACCAACACCGGGCUCGUCUUAGCAUAAUCCCUCGACCUCAGUGGGCUACAUCGAUUCUCUUCACAAGCAGUAUUGGAUCUAUAAAAGAGCGGCUGCGAGGGACAAUCAAUGGUAUCGAGGUCCAGGCACUUGCGGACUCAGGAUCAGAGUCAAGUCUCGUUUCGCUCAACUUUGCGCGCUGUCGUAGAGAUUGGCAUGCAGAUAUUGAUUGGAGUGACCAGCGUCUUUUGCGUUUCCCUGACGGCAAGUUUGAAAUGACAAUGGGCUCGGUAUCAGCAACCUGGGCGUACGAGAGCCACUCUUUGGGCUCGGCAUCAGCAACUUGGGCGAACGAGAGCAGUAUCCUAUUUCACAUUCUUGAGAGUUGUGUUCAUGAUGUCAUCUUAGGUCAAGCUGCGCUCGAAGCGAUUGAAGCUUUCACUGAGCAUGCUUCUUCGUUUAUCGAGGUCGAUGAAAACCCAGCGCCGAUGGAGUUCAACUUGGUCAUAUGGGUGCCUGCCAAGCGACCGAAGUUCGACCAAGCCACGGAUACAGGCGCCACGCCUUCGCAGAACCAGCAGACCUCAAACGAGCAUCAAGAGCUUCCGCUCGAAAGCCAGACUUCGGGAAAUCACACGGGACUGGGUAUUUCUCUGUUCAGCCCAGGCUCCAUGUGGGCUGAGUUAAAGAAGAAGGGGAAAGCAAACAAAGAAUUGAACAUAGAACGUUGGCUACGAUGGCCUAAAAGAGACGCUACAAUUGCAAAGGAAGAACACAGAAAAAACACAGAAAAACAAACCGGCGACCCGCCUCAGGGUCAUAGGGGUUCUGAAUUAUCAAAUUUCAUGGCAAGAGAGAUGGAGUUCGAGGCCAGAACCAACCAAGAUUCGCAACCGUUAUCUUCGUGUAUUUCAAAAGUCUCUGUACAAGCGCUAGGAGGAGGAGUAUCGCUGGCUGUGACUUGGCUUGUAAAUCGACAGCUUCUUGAGGUAAAGAGUAGUUGUGAUGAGAGUCGACGUCAUGAGGACAGAGGCAUCGACCUUGCGGCUUGGGAAGAUGUCAUCGUUCCUGUCAGCACUGUGACGUCUAUUGGUAGAUGGCCGUUUAAAACCGUGCCAAUGCAGUCAGCAAACGGUACAGAAUCCUUGAGCUCCCCCAAAACCAAACAUUUACAGGUUAUCUGCCCUCCUCCCGCUGCCUCCGACAUAAGCGGUAGUCAAUUCUUCGUUUUCAUCGCCACAGAUCGCCAUACCUCGGGAAUGGAAGCGUCACCGCUGACCCGUCAGGCCCCGCCCGAGGUCUUCAAGCCCAAGAUCGUACAGCUGUACGAGUCGCUGUUCAAGGUGUGUGUUCUCUUCGAUCCUUAUACCCACGAACCCCGAGCUUCCCCCAUUGCGCCUGGCCGAGCAUUCCCCCUUGACGAUCUUCAACUUCCGGACCGCAUGGCCGACGCCGAAGAUGACGCAGAACGUUCUGAGGGCUUCUGGCGCGAGUUCUUCCUCCUGCGGCCCGACCGCCCCGCCCUGAAGCGAAUUCUCGAUGGUCUCGGGCCGGCGGACAUGCUUGCGUUGGAGGAGCAUACAAGGGAGCUUUUCGCGCGCGCGGUCACUGCUAUGAAGAGUGGACAGGGCGUCGCAGAUCUGCAUGCGCUUGACACUCUAAGCGUGUUCCUCUGCUCGGCUCUUUCGAAAAAGUAUGCGCACCCUAGCUCGGAUAUUAUUAUCGUCUUGGCUGGGAUCGAUUAUGUCGAUACGAUCUUUACGGACUUUGUGGGCGCUGUGGACCAGAUCGUUAGGAGUGGGAAGAGCUUGGAAUUGCGACAAAAGGCUGUCGAGGUUGUCCUGGCUGUGACGGCGGGCGCAUACCAGACAAGUCUCUUGACAUACUUCAUCCAGAGGGACCUCUUCCCCUCAGUAAUGAAGUUUAUACAAGACACCGACACAACGGAGCGCAUCCUCAGCCCCUUUUCCCUCCUCGGCCUCUUGGCGAACUACAACAAAUUUGAGUUCCAGAACCCCUACCAGAUGCGACUAAACGACUUUGUCAACGAGGCGACAAUCAAGAAGAUCAUUCGGUGUAUCGGCCAGACGUGCGAGAGCUUGACUACACAAUUCGUGGAUGUGCAGGACGACUUGCCCGAGGGGUGGACGUUCAACGGCACGCUGCGUAUGAUUGGCCUCGGCGCGGUUGCGAGGGGCCCCAAGCCGGAAAAGAAGCCCGUCUACGAUGCCGAGACCAUGAAGCAGAUGUUUACGAAGCUACCCGGCGAGGAAGCAGCCGUGUUGCUAGCCACUUACGACUUUACCCACGCCAACAAGCUGUUCUGCUUCAACCUUGCCACUCUGCCUGCCGAAAAGGGCGAAGAACAGCCACUGGCAGCCUUCACAUCACUCACCUCCUACCUGCUCCAGCACGCCCAUCUCUCCGAACGCACGACACACUACUCGCAUCUCAACCUCAUGGUCUUCCGCCUACUAAUCGAGGAUCCCGUACUAUGCAAGCGGAUAUGCAGCGAAGAGUCCAAGGGACAAGUCCGUCUGUGUCGCCAGAGGCAACCGUUCCUCCCGCUGGUCAGAGGGGACCGGAUUCUGGCGACGGCCGUGCUGGAUACCAUGGUGGACGGCAUUACACACAACCUGCGGAGGAGGCUGGACGUCGGACUCUACACACUCUGCGUCGGAAUCCUGUUGCGGGUGAUUUCCUUUCUCUCGAGGUCACGGACACGACUGACAUAUCACUGGGCGGAUCUGUUCCGCGCGUUGCUGAACCUCAUUCGAUUCCUUACACAAUACGUCGCAGACCUGAAGGACCUCUCGCAAAUCGACCUCCUGCUAGACAACGUCGUCAACCUCGUGGCGCUCUCGCUGUCGGCUGGUGAAGGGUUCCUGCCAUCGCCGGCGGCGUAUGACGAUCUAUUCUACAAGGUCGUCGAGGCUGGCGACACGCUGAUCAAGUUCAAGGAGAGCUAUCAGCUCGGAAAGCGGCCGAGCAACUCGAUUGACACGCUCAUUAGCGUGAGCACGCACUACAAGGAGCUGCUGGCGGAGGGCGGCAAGAAGAAGGGGAACCUGACGAGCAUGCAGGUGACGGAGGUGAUCAAGCAAGGGUACGAGACGCUGAGUAUACAGGCGAAAGAGGGGCUUGAUACGUGGGAUCGGUACAGGGAGGCGGAUGAGAGGACGUUGUUGAAGAAGAUGGCGAGGGCGGCUGUUGCUGAUGGGGGAUGGGUGAUAGACUCCUUGAGAGCUAAUGUCAACCUCGAGCUCUUGACCUUCAAGGUUGUCAUUCAACACACAAAGUGUGGUUCCACAGGCUGCUGGGGAUUGGAUAGUCCAGGAAACUCGGCAACCAAGAGCCAAGGCGCAAAAGGCACUGAAGGAAAAGAGGCUGCUUUGUCAUCUGUCCCGGCCGUUGACAAAUUACAGGCUUCUGAUUGGCUGAAGUGCACCCGGCAUACUGGAGACCGCUCACCAUGUCAUAGCCGCGCCACGGCGAGAACCUGUCAAAUGACCCCCCCUUGGCCCCAGCUUCUGUUGCUUUGCUCCGAGUGCCAGCCACAUUCCCAUUGCCAAUCCAUCCCGACCGCAAAAACCUCCGACCUACAAUUCCCGCCUGUUUCUUUCGUCACCGUCGAAUGA